GCCGAAGCCUCAAUCACCAGAGGCUUGUGUUAACGGAGGAGCAGGUCGCCAUAACGAGUGUAAAUAAGGUUAUCCUUCAAGGCUUAGAUUUAUGAGGAAGUUUGGUACGAGAGCUGACUGACCUCGGCACUGUUCAUAGAUUCCCUCUACAACUGGACAAGAGAACGCCGAAACAGGGAGGUCUUCCGCAGCCAUGACGUUACUAAGCAAGAUAAAGGAAGGCUUCAGUGAGAUCGACCACAACUACCUGCGGGUGUUCAAAGUUGUCACCUCGAUCGGAUGUCCAGUCAUGUACCAAGUGUUCAUGUGGGGCUGCCUGAAGGACCCCAACCAAACGCUGGAAGAAUACCUCCUUCGGGAAAAACGCCUGUCCAACAAGGACUAUCGCAAACUCUUCAACAACCACAUGAAGGAGACCAUUAAGACGAAUCCUUCAGGGGACAAGUUCGACAUAACGCUGCUCCUGCUGGCCAUCAAAACCGCGUGCGAGAACGUGGCUCACAAAGGCGACCCCGCCUGGUACACCGAAGAUGAUUCUUGCCUCGAAUACUUGCUCACCGCCAUAAAGGAGACGCGGAACGAACUCGCCCACAAUUAUAUCGUGAUGGACAAGACCGAAAUGGUGGAGAAGGUUGAGAAAAUAAGGAGAUUGCUGAUAAAAACGCUGGAGGCAGCCCGAGACAGGUACGGCGUCGACGCGGCCACAGUCGAUAAUGUCAUCGACAUUACCAAUAAGAAUAUAAACACGGUGCGAGACCAUCCCUUGGCUGUAAAAGAUAUUAACAGGUAUCAGUCAGAAAUGCUGUUUGAUAAUCUGAAGAGACUCAUGGUUAAGGAGGGCUUGGCCGAAUUAAAGAAGAUGUAUGAAAGAAUCACAAUCAUCAAUCCCGUAUUUUUUGUGGCUGGAAGUGACUUCCUCAUGGACGUUGGUCUAGUGUUUUCUAGGAUCGAAGUAAAGCAGGCUGGGAGGUUUGCCAAAGGAAAAUCUAUAGCUUAUGAAAACGUAUUAGAACUGAAUCAUAUGUGUGAGAGCAUGUCCCAGAGUCUCGGCAGCGGAGAGCCUGCCGCGAUGGUCAUACUGGAGGGAAUCGCGGGUUCUGGCAAGACAACCUUGACCAAAUUCAUUAUAUCAGAGUGGUCGAAGGGCUCGCGCAAGUUCAUAGGCCUGGACCAGUUCGAUCUCCUGUUCUUAAUGGAAUGUCGCAACCCUUCUCUUGAAUCCUUCGCCGAUCUCCUCGUGUCCCUCAUGCCCAAUGUAUCAAAAAGUUUCAGAAAAGAAGACUUCAUGCGAUGCGCACUCGACCUGAAGAUUCUUGUGUUGAUCGAUGGACUCGACGAGCUGAACAAAUCUUCCGAAAAGAUCUUCAGAGAAGUGCUAGCCAUGUUAAGGACAAGAGACAUCAGAGUACUAUGCACAUCACGACCCGAAAAAGUCCAAGACGUUUAUAAAAUUAUUCCUGAUGGCGUUGUUAAGGUUCACUUGAGGAUAACGGGAAUCCCCGCUAGCAAGAGAGUAGAUUUCGUCAAGGCUUAUCACGAUGAAAUGAAAAAGCUGCAGAGGAGUGAACAAGACACAACCGGUCUGGUCGAUUACUUAAACAAUUCUUCGGAAAAACUUGAUAAACACUUCAGAUUCCCCCUUAACUUAGUACUUCUCACGUACUUGUGGGCACAGGCGCCUGAUCGAGUUAAUAAGGUCACUACACCUACAGAAUUGUAUGUACAGCUUCACGACCUGCUUGUGGAAAAGUUGGUGGAGAGACUAAAGCACCAUGAUGCGACAAAGCAUGUUAGCUGCUCCGAACUGAAGGAAAAGACUGAAUUCUUCCUGAGGACUUUGUACCAUGAAUCACUCUAUGCCCUUUCCAGAGACAUCGUCUACAUUGACAAGUGUGCAAAGCUAAGACUCCGCAAAGCCUGUGCCGAGUUGUAUCUCCCUUUUAAAGAGGUAAUUUCAGCUUUCAUGGAACUGAAGCUGGUCUGGACAACUUCAGGCACCGAAGAACUUCUCAGCUUCCCUCAUAAGGACAUCCAUGACUUCUUUAGUGCCACCUGUUUGUACCUUGCUGUCACCAUUGACGAAUAUCACGACUUAGUGAUCCGCUCCCAUAGCAACUUCAUAGCCAAAGUUCUGUGCGAUUUCUACGCGGCGGUGACAUGUUCUCCGUCGCGACAAGCUGUCAGUCGAAUUCUGUACAACAUACACAAGGGAAACACAUCCAAACUGGCUGUAAACAAAUACCAAAACAUUCUGAAGCAUCUCGCUGGUCUGAUGGCUCUUUACAGCAAUGAAAGUUCCCCGUCUCUGAGCGAGGAAGUUGUCAAGCUUCUCGUACAGAGCGGGAUAGACAGCGAAGACCUCUGGCUAGAUAUCCUGUCGGAGGUAAAGUGUGACGCCACGACCGUCCAGUAUAUUGCUAAAAACCUCGAGGAGUAUCUGUGUGGCGAGCUGACCAUUGAGGACGCCAAGGUGCGACCCUUUUCUUUCCUCAUUCCUCACGCGCGCCCUUCCUGCGUCUACGUUGACAUUGCAGAUUCCGGCCAGAGGUUGCCCUACCUCCCUAGCCUCCUGGAAGCCACGGCGACGGUUCACUGCAAGGCGGCGGUGUGUCUGCGGCACUUCUUCCUUCAUCCCGAGGAAGGGCCCUGCGAUGCCUUCUUGCGGCCUUUCAGGAAGCCUAUUGACCAGACUAAGUGUCGCAUGUUCGCCUUCCUUGGAACAGUGCAAGAUGCCUCGUUACUGCCACCCACCUUGGAGCAACUGUACCUGGCUGUGGCAGACGCGGAUCAGGCUGCCAUUUUGGCCGACGCUUUUACACCCACGCGCCUACCGUGCCUUAUCAAACUUGGCGUGCACGCUAUGCCCGGGGUGCCAGCGUCGUGUCUGCAGCCUCUUCCUGCCUUGAAGUGCUCUCCCACACUCUACCUCUCAGGCGUCGACGAUAACGAGGUCCAGUGGGCGUGUGAGGUGGCCAGAGCACUGCAGCCCCCAGGAGAUUCAUUCCACUCCAUCAUGUUCCCUUGGAGCAACAUGACAACAAAGGGCUGGAAAAGGCUGAUCCUUGGCCUCCAGCUGAAGGGCGUGAAAGUGGCACACACCUGCAGCGUCCACCUGGCAGCCCUCAGGAGAGUCCAGCCCCAGCAGGAGGAGCUGGAGGAUCUGACGCGGCAGCAUCUUGAGUGUGGCUUUAGCAUCGAGAGUGAAACCAACAUCUGGCCGAUUGUCACAUGAAGUCUUUGGCGAUGUGAAAGUGUCUGGAAACUAAGAAGUGAUGCUAUGCCCAGAAGAAGAGGAUGUACGCAGUGAGGCCAACAUAAUGCCCAGGGUGACGUCAGACAGAACAAGAGGAUAGUUACAGUGACGUCAGAACAAAAGCGUACGCGCGGUGAUGUAAAAUUAUAUUCUGCCGGUGUCAGAUUAUAUUUGCCAUGGUGCCGUCACGAGACAAUCACUGAUGCCAGAACAAGGGGAUACCCGUGAGAAUCCCAGAUUGUGAGGAUAGUCAAAUUAAUGUCAAUUUGUACUAUAAUAAUGCCACAAAGGUGAAAAAGUAUGAGGUCCAAAAUACUCCACAGACACAUAAAAACAUGAAGAUGCUUGCAAGGAUGCCGGAAUUUUGCCCAUGGAUACUAAGAUACUCGAAGGAUGUCCGCAACGGUGACAAAAUAAGGGCGUAAGCUCAGUGAUAUCAUAUUUAUACUCUAAUGAUACCAAAACAAACGGAGACUUCUUGGAUUGUCAAAACGAGAAUAUACUCUUCAAUGAUGUCACUAUAACAGACGUACGUUGAUGUCAGAGGAAUAUAACAUCUACAAUUAUGACAUAAAAAUUAAUACUCGGAACAGUUCCACAAAACAGCAAACAGUAAUAAGCACAGAACAAAACACUACGCGUGGAUUAGUUUAUGAACACAGGUAAGACAAUACUUGUGUUGAUUAUAUGUAACACGUAUACCAAUUUGUAUAGAUGUUAUUAUUACAAGCAGCUAACUACAGGACUGCAUCAACAAAAUAUCUACAAAGAUGACAGAACAAGAGAAAACCCAUAGUGAUGCCAGGACAAUACACUAGGGGUUAACAAGUGGGUAUCCAUGAUCAUGCCAGAAAAAAUAUACCGACCGUUAUGCCAGAAUAAUUGAAUACCUACAUUAAUGCUAGAAUAAACCUAUUUUGAUACUGUAACAUAGGAAUACCCUCAAGUAUCAAAUGUAUAACCACAAGUUUACCAGAACAAGAUAAUACCAGCAGUAAAACGAAGAGCAAGACACUUCAAUAGUUUUGCCAGAGUUAGUGAGUAACCACAAAUUUCUAAAGCAGAAUCUGCCCAAAAUGAAAUCUGAAGCAAAUGAACAAAGUUGGUAAUAACGGUAUCCUUAAUGCUUACAGUUUAAUGGUAACAGUUAAAACAAAUAAAUGUUAGGUAUCAAAGGUCUGUGGCAAUAGUAUAGUAAGUAUGGUAAUAACAUUCUUAAUGGUUAUCAGUUAAACAAAAGCAUAGUAAGUAUGGUAAUAACAUUCUUAAAGGUUAUCAGUUAAACAAAUAAAUGUGUUAGGCAUCAAAGGUCUAUGGCAAAGUAUAGAAGUGAAAAGGGUUAGGAACGAGUUGAUAAUUAGGGUAGAGUUAGAGGUUGAACAGAAGUAGAGGAGCACUAUGAUAGAUUAUUAAGGCAAAAAGGGUAAAAAUAAGUUAGAGUAGGAUAAAUGGACAGAAGUGACGGAAAAGGGAAGAGAAAGAAAAGACCAUUAGUUGAGGCGAGGGCUCAGAUCCAAGCAAACCUCUCUAUAAUAGUAACAUGAACACAGGUAAAACAACAGCUGUUUUGAUUAUAGGUAAUAUGCAUUCCAAUUUGUAUGGAUGUCAUUUUUCCUGAACUAUGAAAAUUCAGCUGCACUGAACUUACUUCAUGUUUUAUAUUAUCUAUAAUCUCAAUGGAUGGAAAUGAAGAGUAUUUUCAUGUUUGUGUCUCUUGAUUAGUUAAAUUAUAUCUAAUUUCUUAAGUGUUAUCAGCAUCGGGGUUAGUCAUGUAGAUUAUGAACAAACAUUAGUUGUAAAAUAACUGUAAAGUUGUACAAGUUAUGAAAUUUUAAGUGAUAUUUUUUAAUAUGCAUAGUGUCAGGCCAUUUUUUAUGGCUUUGUGUCAGUUAUUCCCAUUUUCCUCCUAUUAAUGUGUAUAAGUAAAUGCUUGUUGGAUAAGACAACAUUGCUUGGUAAAAUAUGUACCUACUCAACAAUCUGACUUUGAUAUAUAUAUAUAUAUAUAUAUAUGAGUAUGUUUUAAAAGUGUUUAUUACAUAUAUGUACUGUGUGUGUG